UCCCUUUUUUUCUAUUGGGUCUUCUCUGCUUUUAAGAAUCUUUGAAAAUACCUUAAAAAAAUAUAUUAAUCAGAUCAAACACAUUCCAGAGAGUUAAUGGAGGAGAAUAAUAUUGACGCCAAGUCCAGGUUCAAAAGGGUUUGUGUCUUCUGCGGAAGCAGCGCCGGCAAAAGAACUUGUUAUGGUGAUGCAGCGCUCGAGCUUGGCCGGGAAUUGGUGUCAAGGAGGAUGGAUCUUGUUUAUGGAGGAGGAAGUGUUGGGUUAAUGGGUUUGGUUUCUCAGGAGGUUCAUCGCGGUGGUGGGCAUGUCUUAGGAAUUAUCCCUAGAACUCUUAUGAAGAAAGAGAUAACAGGGGAAACAGUAGGAGAGGUCAAACCAGUAGCUGAUAUGCACCAAAGGAAAGCAGAGAUGGCCCGCCAUUCUGACUGUUUCAUUGCCUUACCAGGUGGAUAUGGAACUCUUGAGGAGUUAUUAGAGGUCAUAACAUGGGCCCAGCUUGGAAUCCAUGACAAGCCUGUUGGUUUGAUUAAUGUAAAUGGGUACUACAAUUAUCUUCUCAACUUCUUGGACAAAGCCGUGGAUGAUGGCUUCAUCACGCCCUCCCAGCGUAGCAUAGUUGUCUCUGCUCCAACUGCAAAAGAACUUGUCCAGAAACUUGAGGAAUAUGAGCCUAUGCAUGAUGAAGUUGUUGCUAAGUUGAUGUGGGAGGCUGAACAAUUGGAAUUCCACACAUCUUUGCAAACUGAGAUUGCUCGUUAAGUAGAUAGAGGAAAGGAGAAGGAAUUUAAGGCUUUUGAACAUUCUUCCUUUUUGGUACAAAUGAUGUUGGAUCAUAUAACAUGUAAUAACCCUCUCCUUUCUCAAAUCUCUCUCUGGUUGUUUUAACAUUUAAAUUUGAGAUUUCUUACUUGAAAUUUUAAAUUAAUUGAAAUCUCAAACUUUUAUCAAUUAACACGCUUAUAAAAGUUCUUUUUUAGCAUGAUUUUCUCAACAAAAUGAUAGUAUGCUUCUAUGGUAAACUAGCAAAGGGCUGUUAACUCUUUGUGGGGGAAAUGGUAUGACCAGUUGUCAAAAGAUAUAUCCUUGUAUGUAGGAAAAUAACACAUAGGAAAAAACAAGACUAGCAGCCCUUUUUUUUUUCUUUCCCUUUCCUUUCCUGCUCUAGUACUGUCCCACCUCCCUCCCUACCUCAGAACCGGAAUCAUAUAUGUACCCUUUAGCCGUUUUCAUUGCUGUAAUGGUCCAUAUGUAAUAAAUGGAUAUGUUGUAA